AUGACGAAAGAUUUUGACAGACCCCGGAAGGCGAUGUUUUAUUGACAGCGGCGAUGUUUGCUGCGAUGUCAACGGACGCGAUUGUAAACAACAUAAGGGGGGAAGUUCCUAACAGAGCAAAACAACCAUUCCUUCUGUGCAGAAUUAUUUGAAAAAUGCAACCCACCGAAGAAAAUGGGGAAGGAAUUCAACCAACAGCGACAGAACACCCAGCCGAGAGCGAAAGCAAAGCUCCCAUUAUCUGUAGUUUUUGCGAUAAGACGUUCAAAUACCCGACGAUGUUGCGACAGCACGAAAAGAUUCACUACGGCAUCAAGCAGCACGAAUGCGAGGUGUGCCAUCGCCGUUUUCUGCACAAAAGCACCCUAACGUGCCACAUGCGGCUGCACACGGGCGAAAAGCCGUACAAGUGUCCGCACUGUCCGAAAACAUUCCGUGGCCAAACGGCACUCAACUGUCACGUCUUCCGGCACACGAACGAGGGUGCCAAAUGUCCCGUAUGCUCCAAAGUCUUUGCCACCGGUUCGGUUGUGAAACAGCAUCUGAAGCAGGUGCACACCGAGGAGCGGCAAAACGUGUGCAAUCUUUGCGGUGUGACUUACAAGCAUCUGAAGAGCUUGAGACUGCAUCUACGCAACCACCAGAAGCGGAUGUGUCCGGAGUGUGGCGUGGGAUUUGACAAUGUGCAUUCCAUGCUGAAGCACCGCAAGCACGCGCAUGUCAAAGAGAACCUUCCCUUCAGAUGCGAUCACUGCGAUCGAGCGUUUGAGCAACGUGCCAAACUUGCUUCCCACGAAAAGCUGCGAGGCCGACCGUUCCAGUGUGAGCUAUGUUGCCAUAGCUUUAACAAGCAACACUACCUAACGAACCACCAGCGGCGUGCUCACUGGCAGGAGAUGGGACUGGAGCGGUUGAAAGUGGCCGAACCACAGAAUGGGUGGAAUCGGAAGGGAAUUCCAAAGCCAAAGCGUAGGAAGAAACUUGCGGAAUCGCAUGAACCGGAAUGUCUUCCGAACGAGAAUAAUGGAACGCAAUCUACAGUGAUCGAUCAACUUCCAAACAAGCCGGAAUCCGGCACACAUGAGACUGUGAUUAUGAGCAUACAAUGCGAGGAUGGAUCUUUUGAUCCCCAGAUACAACCAUCGGAAAAUAGAACCGAUGAAAUGACGAUACACGAAGAAGAGAUGCUACUCAUGAACUCUUCUAAUAAUCUUAACGAACCGUUGGAAAUUUUAAACAAUAGUCACCAUACGACUUCUUCUGGAGAGGAAAACAAAGGCUCAAAGGCGUUAAUCUGCGAACUGUGCGGAAACUGGUACGCAUCCGCAUCAACCCUUGCCAUACAUCGUGCCAAACACCAUCGAGCUGCUCGCUUCCAGUGCGACCAGUGUCCCAAAACGUUCGUUUUUCGGUGCUUCCUUGAGAAGCACAUCAAAACCGAUCAUCAAAACGAGCGCGUUUCGUGUGAGCUUUGCGGGAAAGCGUUCAAAUACGGACAAGAUUUGAAGGUACACAUGCUGCAACACGAGGAUCCCAAACCGUACAAAUGCGACCAGUGCUCUUCCGCCUUUCGGUUUCGCGGUGCAUUGCGAUCGCACAAACUGCUGCACCAGAAAGACCUGCCGUUCCGAUGUGAUAUUUGUGCGAAAUAUUUUCGCUUCGCCAACAGUCUGCGGGUGCACAAACGGCUGCACAGUGGGGUUAAACAAUUCAUGUGUGAGGUUUGUGAUCGAGAGUUUGCCACAAAAGCGCCACUGUUACGACACAUGAAGGUGCACGAUGCUGGCAGGGAGUUGGCCUGCGGAGUUUGCGGGGCAGUGUUUUACAAAAAGGUUGAUCUCCAGAUACACCAAAGCAAGGAACAUUCCGCCCACCAGGCGUUGGGGAAGGUGAAACCCAUCUACAGCUGUGAGCACUGCGGGAGAGAAUUUAUCCGGAAAAGUAACCUGAAAGCGCAUGCGUACAUUCACGCGGAAGUGUACCGGUUUGCAUGUGAUCUGUGUGGUCAAUCGUUCAAGCAACAUUCCGGUCUACGAAAUCACAUGAUCAACAUUCACAAGCAAGUGCCUGGGUCGUUGGAAACUCCAAACGAACCGUACGAAGAUGUGCACCAAGGUGCAUAAAAUUCAAAUUCAAAUAUGCACGCGUGCGGCGAAAAGUACGCAGCCACAUCGAAAGUGCAGUCUGACAGCUGUCAAUGGGACGUAAACAAACGUGCUGCGUUUUGCUGUUUGCUGUGCGGAACAGUUCGGAAAAAAACCCAGCCGCAAGUACUGCGGAGAACAGCAAACACAGCAAAAGUAUGCCGAAAAUAUUCACCCCCACGAACCAGAUCCGGCUCACGAAUGUGGCCGUGGUUCGCAUGAAGAAGGGCGGCAAGCGGUUCGAGAUUGCGUGCUACAAAAACAAAGUGCUCUCGUGGCGAUCGGGCGCCGAGAAGGAUCUGGACGAGGUGCUGCAAACGAUCGCCGUGUUUAACAACGUAUCGAAGGGAGAGGUGGCGAAAAAGGAGGAGCUACAGAAAGCGUUCGGCAAGGACGAUGUGACCGAGAUUUGCAAGGAGAUUCUGGCCAAAGGGGAGCUGCAGGUGUCGGAAAAGGAGCGCCAGGAUCAGCUCGAUUCCAUGUUCAAGGAGAUUGCCACAACCGUGGCCGACAAGUGCGUGAAUCCGGAAACGAAGCGACCCUACCCGGUGUCGAUCAUAGAGAAAUCGAUGAAAGACAUCCACUACUCCAUCAAGCCGCAUCGGAACGCCAAGCAGCAGGCGCUGGAUGUGAUACGGUUGCUCAGGGACACGAUUCCGCUCGAGCGCGCCAAGAUGCGGCUGAAGCUGGCGCUGCCGGCAAAGGAGGCCAAGCGGUUGAAGGAGCGAAUAGCCAAGCUCAGCUCCACCGUGACCGAGGGCGAGGAGUGGGAGGGCGAGCGGCUGAUGCUGACGUGCCUAAUCGAUCCGGGACACUUUCGGGAGAUGGACGAAAUCAUACGCACCGAAACGAAGGGUGCCGGCGCGCUGGAAGUGUUGAACCUUAAGGAAAUCAAAGAAGGCGAAGAGGUGCUGGAAUGAGCUGCUUGUGUUGUGUUAACCGCCUCCCAGUGACUACAAAUUGAUGCACCCGUUGGAUAUAAUUCGUGUUAUGUAUUUUUAAAUAAAUGGAAAAUUCGCAUGCGAACUAACGA